GGCAGCGACUUGGCAACAGGAGCUAGAGCGUUUGGAGGCAGCGAGACAACCCUUCUCAGGCAGCAAAUAAAAUGGAGUCUGAUCGUGAAGUACUUCGUCCAAGUGAGAUUACGAAGGAACGUGUCGAAGCUGCACUCAAAGCUGACAAGGGAAGCGAGGCCAAAAUGGUCUCUUUCGCGGUCCAGGAACUGACCAAAGCAGGGGAAAAUUUCGUAACGUUUGUGGUCAGAGUUAAUGUCAAAUUCUCCAGUGAAAACGGGGAUGAUGUUGUUUCCUAUGCUGUGAAAUACGAUCCUAGACGAUGCAAAGCCGUGAAAGACUUCAUUCUUGCCUGUUUCCACAAAGAACUCGUAUUCUAUCAGAACAUCGUGCACGACAUCCAGGCACAACUGCACGAAAUUGGACUGAAACCCCUGAGAGUUCCCGAGUGUUUCUACACUUCCUUAGAAGAGAAUCGAGAAGUCAUCUUCCUGGAGGACAUAAGUAAGAAGGGGUUUAAGAAGUCUGAGUUCGAGGACGGACUAGACGUCGCCCAUACGACGCUCGUCCUCGAGGAACUGGCCAGACUCCACGCAGCCUCGUACCUCCUCAAGGCCAAGAUCCCAGACCUGGCCGAGAAGUACCCAGUCCUAAACCUGGAUUGGGUAACGUACGCAGACAGUGCACGGCGCAACACGCAAGGCCUCUUUGGGAAUAUCAUGGACUCAGCCUCCAAGUUGCUGCGUCACAUCGGCGGACGCGAAGUGGCGGUGGCUUGGCUCGAGGAGAACAAGACGAGAGCAGCAGAGAUCAUUGAGCACGAACUGAGGAGAGAGCCCCUUCGACGUCUGUGCCACGGAGAUUGCUGGAACAACAAUGUCUCUUUAGACCCACCUAUCAGUGAGGAGCCACACUCCCGAACUGAAGUUAGGGGGGUGAUCUCCAAGCUGCAGGAGGGAGACCACCUGCUGAAGCACCAGAUGCUAGAGCAAUCUGGAUUCACUCCUGGCAAGUCCAUAAUAGAACGUAUUCUUGCACUUCGAGUCAUUACCAAGAUCCAGGACUUUGGAGCCUUGCUUGGAGAACCUGCUCGAACGGUAAGUGCUUGUGGCGAUGGCACUGAAGUCACAGAAAGCUUUACAUACCCUGAUAGUGUAGUUCCUAAUUAA